CGCGCCACCACCACAGCCUCGUCAUUCCCAAGCUUCGUCCUCAGUUUUCAGGCAAAACUCAAACUGAUCGCGCCUUCCAGGAAAGGAAUCAUUGUCGACUUUCCCAAGGCAGGCACCACCAUCACUAAUACGCAUUUGACGCGUCAGAACACCGCUGUCUACACCAUUCCUUCCCGCUCAAGCCGGUUGCCGAUUCGAAACCGAGGUACCUGGUAGCCACGGCGAUAUCCCUCCUGUAUUUUUACCUCCAGGUUUUAUUUGCGACGACCACUGCCAGGAGCCCAAAGCACCGAACUGCCGAGCUCACCUCGGGUGCAGCGCGGCCGAGUAACCCGGCAAGAUGAGCGUGGUUUACGAGCCACGAAACUUUAUCCACGAUGGCGGUUAUCCGCCCAUCGACGAUCAUCACCACGAUGCUACCGCUGAUGUCGACCGAUUUCCUGACCCUAACGAUGCCGAUCCUAGCGAUGCCGUCGUCAACGAACUGGCGACCACAGUCGCGACUUUCACAGCCCCACCUCCGCCGUUCGACGAUACCUCGGAGCCCCGGCUCGACCUUUCCGCCGGCCCUACUACCGAGACAACGACAGCGACAGCAGCCCCCAAGGAGGACUCGCCCACUACGACCACCCCCCAGCGCGUCAAGGCGAUACCCAAGCCGGAUCGAGAGGUGACGAGAAACCUGCAGGGGAAGUUUGUGUGCACCUGGCCGGGCUGUGCGGAAGAACCCAAGGAAUUCGGCCGCAAGUGCGAGUGGAACAAACACAUGGACAAGCAUGACCGACCGUAUAAGUGUGCCGCUGCGGGAUGCGAGAAGCUACCCGGGUUCACGUACUCGGGCGGCCUUCUGCGCCACGAGCGCGAGGUGCACGGCAAGCAUGGCGGGCCCAAGAACUCGUUCUUUUGUCCGCACGUCAACUGCAAGCGACACGCCGGCAAGGGCUUCUCGCGGCAGGAGAACCUCAACGAGCACCUGCGGCGCGUGCACACGCAGAAUGGGACGCCUCUCAACGGCGGCGAAGGCGAGACGGACGACGGCGCCAGCGACAACAUGGCGGCGGCCGGGCAGAAGCGCAAGCGGGACGACGACAGCGACCUGCGCGAGGAGAUGAAGCGGUUGCGACAGGAGAACGAGGAGCUGCGGCGGCAGGUGCAGGCGCAGACGCAGCAGACGGUGGUCAUGAUGCAGAAGAUCACGCAGCUGCAGCAGGCGCUCGAGAGCCGGAUGCCGGCCGCGGCGCCGCAAGCUCCCAUGGCGACGGCGUCGAUACUCUAGGGGGGUUUCUGACGCGGCUAAGCUGGCGGACCCGCAAUAACACGGGCUCAGCGGCGAUCAACAUGACGACCACCACCCCACCCCGACCUUAUCUUUCCGGUUCUGCCUCCGCCACAU